CCCGAAUCCCAGUGAAGGCGCCCUUCACCGACCCGGCGACGCACGAUACUUCCAUCGCACCUGCCUCGCACCUCCUGCCCGAGUGCCUCCUUUGGCCGUCCGUUACACUCGGCACAGCACGGUACAGCGCCAGCAGCCUGUUGCGACCACCACUGCAUCCAUCCUCCCUUUCCUUCCUUCCAGCCUCCCAUUCUUCCUCUUUGCCUCGCGCAAACCACCACAAUCUUCCUCUCAGCUGCUGCCAUUGCCAUCCGGGUUCCAUCCGGGUCGACAUGAGACGGCACUCGGGCAUGCCGCUCUAAGAACCCCUCGAGUGCAUCCUCAUCCCAGCGGCUCACUUCGCUGAGGCUUUGGCCACUGCAUCCGAACCCCCUUCAACCUCAUAAGCGCAGGCGUCUUAACCACGGCGCCAUUGUUGCCUUGUCAAAGCGUCGUACAUACCAAGCCAGGCUUCAACGAGAACCCUGCGCGAGCCCGAGGCCAUCUGCCAUGGCCAUGAUUAGCCCGACCACCGAUGCCACGGCGUCUCGACCGGCCUCGACCAUUGCCUCUCCGCGCCACGUCAGGUCAAGAACCCAGAGCAUAUCCAGCGACCGACCGUCCACGAUUGGCUUCAGCCUGGGCUUGACGGCGCCGCCUGUCUUCGUAUCCCCUGAGCCCGCCUUUAUCGCCGGUUCGGCAGCAUCGCAAAUCGUGACCAAUGAUCACGAUGGCCACGCCGAUUCUUGGUACGAUCAGAAUGGCGUGGAGCCGCCUAGUGAGACGGCGCUGGUCACGCCUGCUGCGCUGCAGCUCGUCAACGGCUUUCUUGACCAGCUCCUUUUCAACUUCUUGCAGGUGUCCAAGUCAACGAACCUUUCGGCGCUCCGGCCGGCUGUCUCUGAGAUUUUGAAGCCGAAACUGGCAAAAGACACCAUCAGCAAUGCCGACGAGGAGCUGCGCGAGUAUUUAGGUGGUUCGGACGAAGAAGAUUUCACGGCUCCCGCCAACCCUCGAAACUGGGACGCGGAGCUCGUCUGGAAGCGCACGAGGCUGCGAUGCAUGGUGUAUUCCUCACUAGGCGACAUGGAGGAAGAAGAUGAAGACAUCUACAUGGAGCAGGAGAACCUCGAGAUUGGAGCCCACGAGCCAACCUCCGACGUCGUUUCUCCCGCGGUUGCCAUCUUUCUCACCUCUGUGCUCGAGUACAUGGGCGAGCUUACCUUGACCGUCGCUGGCCAGGCUGCAUAUCAACGCGUCCGAGCAAACAUUGUCAAAGGUAUCAAAAAUGGCACCCGCAGCGCUUCCGACGUUGCGGAUCGCAUUGUCGUCUGCGAGAUGGACAUGGAGCGCGUAGCUCUCGACCGAACCUUGGGCCGCUUGUGGCGCGGAUGGAAGAAGCGCGUGCGAUCUCCUGACACGGCGGUACGACCCGCGUCAAGAGGCUCCAACAGCCAUUCGAAGCAAGACAUUGGCUCUCCCGAGCGCCUUGCGUUCCGGUCUGCCCUGAGCGACGCUACUGGGGACCAACGCAGGCCUCAGGACCGUCCGGAUGACACGAUUGUGGAAGAUGUGCACCCUGCGGACAUACCCCUUCCGAUGGGCGACCACGAUGUUGAUGAGAUUGAAGUCCCGGGACUGGCUCCGAACAGUGAUGACGAGGAUGAGCCGAGCCCCGACGAAAAGCCUGUCCGUCGUCGCCCAAAGAGUCUCUCUAUCACACCUUUUAUAAUUGCCAACGGCCUGCCAACACCGACAACGUCGCAGCCGCAUACCCCCGUCAUCACUGCCGCUCGGAAACGGUCGACCUCCUUGCCAACGCCCGUAGCAGCAACUUUUCAUGCCUCAAGACAAGCAAAGAAGGCUUCGAAUAUCACGAAGACCCCUUGUACUGAGGGUAAGGAGGAGACUCAGGGAGAAACAUGCACCGGCGACAACGAAGCAUCAUCAUCAGGCGAUGGCUAUGCUGAUACACGAGCCAAUAUAUUGUCCAAGCCAGGUGACACUGUGAAGGUGCAGAAGGCUACACUUUCAAACAGGCCCGCUGCUGUGGAAAGUCGAGACUGCGACUCUUCUGAUUACGAGGACGCGGAGGAAGUAGCCUUUGAGAAGGCAGAAAUUGUGACGUCUUCACGGGUUUCCAUAAACGGCAGUUCAAGCUCCUCGGCGUCAGAGUCUGGAAAAACUUCGCCCACCAAACGGCCGUCUAGUGUCCAUUCGGCCCGCAUUGUCGACGUGCCUCGGCCUCGGAGCCCCUCACAUUCGCGGGCAACAUCGCUUGACAUGACAGAGCGCAACCGAGCCGCCAGCCUGUCCAGUGCGGCUAGUCGAACACGACCACCUUCAUCUCAGGACGAGCGGAAACCAAAAUAUGAAGGCCAGCCUCCGACACACGCGGAACAUAUGUCUCAGUCGUUGGUCGAGAAGAAAUCGCCGAGGCAAGUUGAAGUCGCCAUCCCCGAAUCCGAGGAGGACUCUGGUCGCCUCAAGCCGUCCGAGUCCCCCGAGUCAAUCGGCCGUGCCAUUUCUCCACCUGGCCCUGCUGUACCUGAUGUUCUCGGCUCUCAGUCGAGGCGGGAUUAUGUGGCCCCAAGUGCCUUCGGGAAGAAGCCGCCCUCUUUUGCAAGCAAUCGAGAUCACCCGCCUCCGAGCUUGAAAGUGUCCACCUCAAGAAUCGUAAGCUCUGGGCCAUUCAUCGAUGAGACCAUCCCGGAGAUCCCGCAGAAGUCACCAGUUCAGGCGAGCUGGCAGAGCCCCAAGGCUGAGAGCCGCGGUAUGCACUCGAUGGAGCGCUACAGAACGAAAGAGACGGACGACGACUUGUCGCUGCCAAUGCAGAGCAAUGUUGCCCCUCGACAAAUUCACACUUCGGCGUCAUCAGCAUCGUCAGGCACCUCCAGAUUGAAGCCCGUGCGGACCUCGGAGGAUAGUUCCAGCCGUGCCGAAAGUGUGGCGCGCAACUUCGAACAGCUUAUUCAGAGCAACCAAACCAUAACAUACACCCUCACUCCGGAGAACAUGCGCGACAUUGACUCUAAGCGAUCAAUCGACAGCCCGGUAGUGACCAAAUUCUCAAGAAGGAGUGACGACGUUCGCGGCCAGAGCUCGCCUCGCACGCCCACCAUUCCUGACAUCCCAAGGUCGCCUGUGACUCAGCAGCCAAAGACCCCCACCAGCCCCAGAGCUGUUGAGGGAAAAGGGAGCAGGCCUCCAGGUCCUUUGUCUCGCUCACCCCCCGGAGUGGCUGUUUCGACGGGUCGAGUUGGGAGCCCCAAGGCUCGAGAGGCCCGUGUUCCCAGGGAGUCGAUUUCUGACUUUGCCGAGUUUAUCAAGUCCACAGGCCCAGCAGGAGACCGAAGCUCAGUCCGCAAACCAAGCGUGCCGACCCCGUCGGGUCCUGUGAUCAACACCAUGCCGGCUCGCCAGGUCUCGGCAGCGAGCACACGCGGCCGGCAUCAACCUCGCGAGGCGGCGGUAGAUACCAGGAACGACAACUCAGACCUGAUUGACUUCAUACGCCAGGGCCCCCCAAUUGCAACCAGCGGACAUCGCAUACCCCGCCAUGUCGCCCCGUUCCGCACUACCAUGGACUCGGACCAGAUGUCGGGAGCCAUCGGAGGCAAAGCGGUAGACGCGACCAUCCCCGAGAUACGAUACAGUCAGGCCUCCACCAGCGUCACCGACAACUCCAUGCCCUCUAUGCAAUCAUCCAUCAACUCCAGCUCUGCGCUCCUCCGUAACAAGGUCGCACCUGGUCCGGGCAUGGGAGUCGAUGACCAGGGUAUGAUGCCACAGCGUAAACAGAGACGCGUACGCGACCCUUACAGCAUCGACUUCAGCGACGACGAAAAUGAUGAGGCCAUCGUUACAACUAAGCCGCCCGCGAGGAAAGAGGAGAGCUUGGCGGAAUUCCUUCGCAAUUAUGACCCGCCUCCGGAGCCUCCUAGCUCUCCGCCUCGACUGCCCAAGAAGAAGGCCAGCGCGCCGAGCCUCAUUGGCAGGUUUACCCGUGGUGGCAACAAAGAUAAGGAUGUAGGGGCCAACAAAUCCAGCCUCAAGCCUGAGUCGCGGUCUCUCCACAGCCGGUCCAGCAGCGGCAAGGGUGGCCAUAUCCCUCUCCAAGUGAAUAUGCCUUCCGGGUACGACAAGUACGGCGCAUCCGAUGGGGUCCCAGGUCGCCCCCGCAUGACGUCCACUGCUUCUGCCGGACGAGUGCCGAGGAAGAAGUUUGAGCCCCGAGAGGCUGUAUCGACGCGUCGGACUGAGACCUCGGAACUCGCGGCGUUCCUUCGUGACUCGGCCCCACCGGACGCUGGGUUGGACACGCGGCUCGCGCGAGCGUCAUCUCACCGGGAAGAAAGCAACGGGUUUGCCAAAAUGUUUGGGCGCAAGAAGAAGAUCGGUGUCAGCUAAAGCGCCAACAAGCAAGGAUUGUAACGCAUUUCCAACGAGACUGUCGGAGAACGCCCUUAACGACCAUUCAACACUUACAACGUCCACGAAUCUCUAAUUUUCCGUCAAAUGUUUAUUUAAGUCAUGACACCUCUCGCAACUACUCGUCUGUCGGCCAGCCGUACGAGCGGCGCCACAGAUCGCAUUGCUCGAAUUCCCCGUUGCCGCCCCCAGUCACUGGCACUUCGUUGUUUUUCUGAAUACCCACCCCACUGUUCCAUUAUCCAUAUGUAGUCUUGAACUCAUCUUCCUUUCUCUCUUCUCUUUCUUAGGAAUGGGCACUGCGUUCGCGCAGACGGGCUGGGUGCCGGGGGGGGGGGAUUUUUUUUUAAGCAGAGUCAGCUUUGUUUGCUCGCUUUUAGCGACCUCUACAAGGGGUUGCUUUCUUGGACUUUUCCUCGAUGGCAUGUCUGAAGCAUUAGCAAGGAGGACGAAGAUGGCGGAAGGGCGGUGCCGGGACGGACGACGGCCGAGGAAGGAAGGGUGGGUUGUUGAGGCCGCCGUGCCUUGGUGCUUGCCUGCCUGGACCAGGUCCAUGGCUCGGCAGGCGGUCAUGCAGGCUUCUCCGAAUAUAUUCGAGACUUGGCUCCUAUUGAGAAAUCGUGC